AUGGCCGCUCUUGUUAUUGUUCUAUGGCGUUAUGACUUCGUCCACAUAAUGCCCUAUUUUUCAGCGUUUUUAGGUAAGAUGUGAUAAAUUACGAAUGAAUUCUUCAAAUUGGAAUAACGUGAAAUCUAAUUGAUUAUCCGCAAGGUAGGUAACGUGUCUUUUGAAGCCGUAUGUGGUGCAUUGAAAGCGGGUUGAUUGAAGUUUUUCGUCCUUAUAGAAACAGUUUUGGGAAAUACGGAGUAUAAUUUGGGAACGAUAUGCAAUGUAAUGUACCAGGAGGACGUUGUUUUUGUACUUAAAUUCAACGAAGUGAUGUUUUGUGUGUUUAUUUUUGUUGUGUGAGGCAAAUUUCAUCGAGUGUUUUACAUCAAUUUGACGUAACUUGAGAGCAUGCUGCGGAGCGUAUUUCCACUCCCCCAUGUCACAAAAUGGUGGUCGUCGGACUCAUGUCCUGUUUGUUCUGUAUUUUUACGAUUUGUAAUAUAUCUCCGACCUAAUUAUUUUGUGUUUCACCGAUUUAUGUGCCCGGGCAGUUAUUGCUUAUGCGUGUUAAACGUAUUUCAUGAGUAAAUGUUCAUAUUUUUAAUGUCGUUGCGAUUGACCUGUUUUUGCCUGGCGCAAGGCAACAUUGCUUGUAGAAUAGGUUAGGGUGUUCUGUUUAUUUUAAUGUUGAUUUUCGACCAAGUUUCCAGCUACUUUACUGUUUUUUACCGCGCUUCUUUUCAGUUAGUAUUUUAUUUUUAUUGAAAUGUUUGUUUAUAUCCGUGCUUUCAGUUAGGAGAUGUUUAUUUGGAAGGGACUGAUAGUAUAUGUUGACAUUUUGUAAAAGUUUGAAAUCAUUAUUCGCCAUUUGGUUGAAAAUUAUCUUUGUAACUAAUGGAUUAUCAAUGUGAAUUUUAAUUUUUCUUGCAGUGUUUUAUUAAAAAUAAUUUUAUUAAGUAUUAAAAAUUAAUAAAUGGUUUAAUAAUAAAUUUAGGUAAGGACGUUUCUCCCGCAUUGUAGAUUUUUUCUUGUAUUAAAGGUGUCCUAAUGCAUAUUUAGCGUUUUGGUCCGCAUGUUGUUGAGUUAAUGUUUUAAACCAAAUUCAAUGUUGUUGAAAUGGGGGUUUGUAUUCACCAGGUUGAAUGGUUAAAUUAAGUAUUCAUGAAGGUCUAUGUUGAUUGUUCAUAAAUUAUUUUGCAUUACUGUGUGUAGCAUCAAUUACAUUACAUUACUUGGUGUUAAGAAAGUAUCAGUUGCAUUUUUUUGGGGGAUUUGAGGGCAUUGUAAUUUAUAACUAAAAGUAGUUUAAGUGGUUAGAGUAGGUUUAGGUAUUACAAAUACUGUGAUAUCAUGAAAAUGGUCAGAUGGAUCAGGUUAGCUACAUUAAAAUAUUGUGGGCAGUGGUUUAUGUUUAUUUAUUUAUUUAUUUAUUUAUUAGAUUUGUGACGUGCACACCAACAGCCGAAGCUUUGGAGGUGUGCACAGAACAAGUAAUAAAAACACGACACAUACAAGCGAAUAAAUACAACAUAAACAGGAUAAUAAAAGACGACACAUACAAGCGAAUAAAUACAACAUACACAGGAUAAUAAAAGACGACACAUACAAGCGAAUAAAUACAACAUACACAGGAUAAUAAAAGACGACACAAUAAUAAAAAAAAACAGCAACUGAGAUAAUCUUAACUAAAUGAUCUAGAAUGGGAAGAAUAAACAGGAUUAUAAAAUUUCUCAAGAUAUUAGGGUAAUCAUAAAAAAUUAAAAUUUAAAGUUUUUAAUAAAAUUUUCAUAUUUAUUGAAAUUUGAGAUAAGUCUGUAAAUUAAAUCAUUAUUAUUGUGUAAGGAACAUAAUAGGGAUCAAAGGCGGCUUUUGAACUGCGGGACUCGAAUACCAGAGUUAUCAAGUAAGUAUAAGCAAUUAAUUUUUGAACUAUAGCACUUAAACACAAACAGGGCAUCCAGAUGGAUGCGACGAUUUGAAAGAGAUUCUAAUUUGGGUAAUUGAUGGUGUCUAGAACUAAUUAUUUUGAAAAAUUUAUUUUGUAUAGAUUCAAUUUUGUCACUAUCGGUGGUGUUAAUACUGUUCCAGAUAACUGAGCAAUAUUCGAGUUUACUUCUUACUAAGGACAAAUAAAGAGUAAGAAUGGAUUCAAUAUUAGAUGCAUAAUACACUUCCUGCCUAUUUCAUCCAGUAUCCAAAUUUAAUGUGUAUUUAUGCUGAGUCACAAUAUUAUUCAGGAGAUGCCCAAAAACAUUUAAACAUUAGAUUUGUAUAAGAGUUCAUUGAUACGUUUUCCAAAAGUGACAUCUUAAUGUGAUUGGAAGAUAACUGGUCUGGGAGUAUGGGAGUGUAAUUGAGAUGGCUGCGGAUAGCGAUGGAGACGUUGUCGAGACUGUAGUGACGUGUCAGGGCGACCUCAAAGAUCCUGCGUUUCAAGAGCGCUUCAAAUACAUAGUGGGACAGCUGCGUGCCUUGCUGUGCACAGGCAAAGGAGAGAGCCUCCGCGUGCAGAAGGUGGAACCAUGGAACUCUGUGAGAGUGACGUUCACCAUCCCACGAGAAGCUGCGCUGAGGCUGCGACAGCUGGCCCAGGAAGGUGACCAGGCGCUGACCCAGCUGGGAAUCCUCUCGGUGCAAGUGGAGGGCGACCAGGUGAUCUCGCUGAGGAUAGCUGGUAGAUUUGGCAGUGAAUCACAGGAAAUAGUGCUGAGAACAGCUCCCGCGGACGAUGGUGCGAGCACGUCGGCCUUGACUCCCGCGUCCAGGAGCUCGGCGUCGCCGUCGCAGAGCACCGAUGAUCCCGCUGCGAGCAGCGCCGCUCUGGGCCUCGUCCACAAUGUCACCAAGAUCCUCGCCGCCGGCGUGGAGCAGCCUCGGUUCCGGAGCCCCAACGUCGUUGCGCCCACCGGCGGGGACCCGAUCCCCCCGUUCCCGAACGCUGCUUCCUCGUCGUCGCCGGCCCUGCCCCCGGGCGGAGCGAGUGGAUCGAGCAGCUCCCAGGCACCACGGCCGACCCCGCACCACAAUUACCAUGGCCCCUUCCCAUUCGCCAGCAUGACUCACGCUGCACACGCCAUGCAGAACCGAGAGUCGCAGCACAACUCCACCACGGGUUCAUCUUUCAACCAUAAUUUUGCUACGCCUCCCCCUCCUCCAUAUCCUGGCUCAAGUAACAAUAGUACUAAUAGUAAUAAUAAUAACACUAAUGCCUUACAACCAGUACAGCCUUCAAAACAGCCUCUGCCUAGUGGCCAGCCUUACAAUAAACAAGUUACGUCAACUCUUAGGCAUCCUUUGCAGUCCCCUAGUCCCCAAGCUCAGCCGUUGGCGAUCCCGGUCGGGAAUCCUGCGAACGUGGCUUUGUCGAGUCCACUGCUCGUCAACUUAUUACAGAAUGAUGGCAACGGUGCGCCGACUCCCAGUUCGAGCAAGAUGCCUCCCCCUCUCGGUGCUCUGGAAAAGCCUAGGGUUCGCAUUCAGCAGUUGAAGAAACCACCCAUGAGGCGGAAGCCAGAAGAUGGGCUCACACUGUCGCUGUCUCCUUCGACCUCUCCAACUCUGAUCGAUGCCCCAGCUCCCGUAAAACUUCAGCAGCAUCAGUCGCCCCCUUUUUCUCUUUCAGGGGUUCCGCCUAGUUUCCAUGCUUCCCCUUCGCCCCCCUUGUCGAGCAGUUCCCCCAGUCACCACCCACAAUCAGGGAUUCUUGAAAACAGGAAUGUAUCCCCGAGCCUGAGAUUGUGUCCCACUCCAAAUCUACAGUCUGCCCAAGUCGCCUCAGCGAGCUCGGGAGCCGUUGUUUUGACACCACUCCAGAAAAUUUCCACCCAUCCUUCCUCUCACCAGAGACUGCAUACAUCACAGGCACCAAAUGCUUCUCAGAUGCAGCCGAAGCUGUACGGUGAUCAAGAGCGUGCUUCUCCUGUUUACAUCGCUGGACGGUCACCUCACCAUUUCCCUCAGCACGGCCAAGGCAUUCCCACGUCUGCCGUAGGGAAGCACCAUGAUGCCAUGCACGCUGUAGCUGGUGUGGCACCUUCAUUGAGAGUGCAGCAGCAAUCAUCGCAGCAGGCUCACGGUUCCAUGGUGAACCAGCAUGACAGAUUGCUGAUAGGGCCCGCGAGCUCCGGUCCAGUUACCAGUGGCUACGGGAACAUGGUGGCGAUCAGGGGCACCUCCCCACAGUCCCAUCAGCAGACCUUCUCGCAGCAGAGCCCCAAUGUGCAGCAGAGGAUAACAACGCCUCCUCCGUACCAGAGAGUUCAGAGCCAGCAGCAGCUGCAGGUGAGAGCCCAUCUCCAGCAACAGAGGACGCCACAGAAUGUCGCCAUGAUCCAGCAUCAGCAAGUCAAAGUACCUUACUCUCCAAACAGCGGAGACUACGCCAGGUUUGGAGCACCUCCCGUGGCGGACGCAAGGCUCGUGCCUAACCUCGUGAGUAAGGCUGGCAUGCUGCCGAGGCCGGGUGCUCAGACGCCCGUGCAGAACAUCUCAGCGGCAGGGAGUCAGCAUCAGGGGCCGUGGUCGAGGCUUGGACAGCAGCCUCAGCAGCUGCCUCAGCAGCAACCUCAACAGCAACAGCAGCAGCAGCAGCAGAACCACAUGCAGCAGAGAGUGUUUCAGCCUCACUUCCAGCAGCAGCCUCAGCCACCACCCACCCCCACACCAACCCCUCCCUCCCCGCAAGCCCCUACGUUAGUACCUGGCCCCAUGGCAGUGAUAGAGCAACAAACUAGUCAAGAGAACUCUUCGGAGUCUCAACCCCCACCUGCUCCCUCACCACCUGUCACCAGCUUGCUUCCCACCUCCCCUCCUCUCACUUCGGCGGGCAAGAAAUGUCAGUUUCUCAUCAAUCCCCUUACCGGUCUCCUUGAGCCGAUGCCUAUCGACAGCAGUUCAGACAGUGAGCCAGAUAUGGUGAUGGGGUCUACCACAGGGACGACUCAGGAAGACCCCUUCUCUUGCUCACCUUCAUCGUUCAACGAGCGUUCAAACUCUCUGUCCUCUGAUGAUGAUGUCAGCAGCAUGGUGUCUCGACGAGUGGACACCUCGGAUGAAUCAGAUUCUGAGGAAACCGUGCGGUCCACUGCUAGUGAAGCAUCCUCGUCCACCAGGCAUCAUCGUCUGAAGAUGACAAGGGAAUCCAUGCAUAGCCCAGCUCCGUUGGCUAGCUCCGGUGGUCCUGGAGAAAAGAUCAAGCUACGGCUUAAGUUGGAGAAGAACGAACCUAUCACACCAGCGUAUAAAGUCGACGUUUCGUUUGUGAAUGUACCCACUGCUAGGAAAGUGGACAACAGAGGAGUUUUACCGAGUGGGCGAUUGUUUGGGGGAUCGGCAGGAGGCCAGACGGGUAGUGCGAACAUUGGGUCUACGGUUGGUUCAUCAGGCGAAGAGCCGAGGGUUCCACCUUUGCACAUUUCGCUUCGCGGGCGUAAUGCUGCGGUAGUUGUGAGCUCGCGAAAAGUUGGUAGGAAGUGGCCGAACAAAGAUGUUUAUGGUAGUGGUGAUUCGCUUGACAAUAAGCCGUAUCCUUCCAAGCGCUCUUCUUCAUCCUCCGGAAAAAUUAAUCGUAUGAAAGUUCGCGAUAGCGGGGGCGUGUGUACGGAACGAUCAAACUCUCCGUUACCGUCGCCCAUCAUGAGGAUCAAGAAACCGGUGGUAGGAGGUUCGAGCGGUAGUUCGUUUGUGCCGACGAACAUCCCGCUCACCACAAACAAGACUAAAAUGGUAGUGAAAAGUGAAAUAAAAAGUGAGCCGCCUUUCGUGUCUGUGGCGGAACGGACGGCCAUGAGCGACAACGUAUUGAAAGUGAGGACAAAGUGUAAAGGAGAGCGUCGCAACCACGACCUCGAUGACGUCCCUCUCAAAUCUCGAAUCCGCGAAGGUGGGGCUUCCAGUCUACCUCCAUCUCGAAGCAAGUUCUCUUUUUCGGCAUCAGCCAAGAAGUUUGCGAGUGACCACGAGUUCAAAGUGAUGCGGCACUUGGAAGGUGGUUUGAAAAGGACCGAGUCGGGCUUGUCGAAGAGACCGGACGGUGCCUCGCCUUCGGAGCCGGACGGUUGCCACAAAAUGUCCGUCGGUAGCAACAAAGCAAAACGGCGAGAUUCUAAGAAAAAAGUGGUGACCUACGAUAUGGACAUUUCUCAGUACAGAGAGCGAGAACAAUCUUCCCUGAUGAGUGGACACGGUGUAGAUGAUAACACCGUCAAGUGGCGCAGUGGUAGUGUUUCGGGCAAGAAUGAUUUCAGUGUCGGUACAAAACUGCACGGUCGUGAUUUGUCGCCAAACAGCAUGCUUAAUAAAAGGACGAAGUCUCUGGAAAGGACAGAAGGUAGAACCGGGAAAGUGUCGGGACUAAGUAGCAGUGUGUGUAGGAGAGGGAGUGAGGGGGAGAUGAAGAGAUUCGCAGGUAGUUCGGGUGGUGCUAGCUCUGCGUUGCAGAAAGCAGGGAGCAGACUUAUUGAAAACAGCUCGGCAGACGACAAGCUGAGACGGCCGAAUGCUGAUACAAAGGAAUACGAGUUCACAGAGUCUUUAGGUGCCCUGUCAUCGCCUGUAAAAUUGAAGAGCCGUCCUACAGCUUCGGUGGAUUCCCACCAUCGCUCUUCAGAACUGCUGAAAAGCAGUUCGGUGAAACAUCUCCACGUCCCGUCGAGUGUCGCCACGUCAUCUGGAAGCCAUCAGACUGGGGAGUCGUUGAAGAAACAGGCGUCGUGCUUGAAGAAGGUGGACCUAGCCUCUGCCAAGUCUGUUAAGAAAGGCGAUGGCGUGGCACUGCAAAGCACCGGUCGUUGCGGACAGGAUAAGCUCGUUUCUGCUCAUAAAUCCAUGAACGUUGUCUCAAAAAUCUCGAACAAUUUGAGCUCCAGCCACGUCAAGUCCAGCACUUCUUUGAACUGCUUGAAGCACGACAAAGUGAGUUUACUGGAAUCCUAUACUCAAAAGUCUAUGGGUGGAAAUUGUUUGAAAAAGCAACAUCAUAGAGAGUUCUCAAACCACGAAUCAAAAAGGAAUCUCGUGAGCAAGAAACCUGAUAAAUCUGACGAUCACAAACCUCUGCGUAAUGUAAUCACUGUAGGAAGAGUACAAAUGGUAUCGGAGGUUACGGGUGUGAAAUCUGAGUUUUUGUCAACGGUUUCAAAGUCUGCGCCUUCUUUGCUCCCCGUUGGAGAUUUGGAUAUCACGGAGGCAAAAGUGAAGCAAAGAUUACUGGAUGAGGAUGUGGCACCAAUGUGCAAAACCAGCAGUGCAGGGGGUUUGUGCGUGCCAGAAAAAAAGGAAAUUGAAGAUUUCAACACGUCUGCAAUGGCUUCGAAUUCUUCUCCGAGAGUACUGUUGGUGGCACCUGCAGGGCAAGUAGAGGCGCAGCAAGGCAACAGCCCGACCGGAGCCCCACCAGAACAAACCAACACGCAGGGAGAAGACUCCGGUAUAGAGUCCAUGGAUGCUCUCUCGGAGAAGAGCCCGAACCAAGGAGAAAGUCCUUGCCGCAAAGAUGACAAAGAUAACGAUUGUUGUCAGCUCGACUCAAAGAAAACAGCAGUGCCUUUAACAGCGUUACCUUCAAGUAGUGAUAAUUUGUCUUUACAUUCAGAUGAAGAUGCUAAACUUAAAACUGUGGAGGAGGUUUCUGCAGAUUUAAAGUUGGAAGCAGAUGCCUGCCAAGAUGCUAAAAAUGAUGAAAUCUGUAAAGAUCAAGAUACAGGAAGGUUUCUUGAAGUUCAAGAUGUCCAAGCUGGCACUGGAAAUUUUGAAUCGGCUGCAUCAAAAACUGAAUGCGCGGAAAGUGCCGAGCAUAAUACACCGCAGCCAGCUGAAGACAACUCUGGUACGCCUGUGAAUGGUAAAGUAACGGUCUCCGAGAGCACAGUUACAUCUGAGAACAUACAGCUCGUGUACUCGUCUGCUAGUCUGCCCGCGGAUCCUUUGACGACUUCUUCGUUCCGCAGUGCGACGCCUCCACCUUCUUCUGUGAGCAGUGAGUGCGUGCUGUCUACUUCUCUGUACAUCACCACAGCAGAACCAUCUAGUUCCGAGGUAGUAGUCACCACAAGUUUGUGUGCUAGCUCAGACUCAAACAAGCUUGUAUCGGUUGCAGUCGAGUUGGAGCAAGGUUCGGCGAGGUGCAAAUAUUCAGACGAUCCCGAGCAACGGAACUCCCCGACACCGUUGCCCCUGUCAUCGAUAGUUUCCCCGACGCUGGAAGACCCCCAGCCCAUCCGGAUCACGCCCGCUCUGUACACGUAUUCGAACCCAGAGAAGCACCGGGAUGACACCCCGUCGCCCCCAAUCCUGGACGAGGACGAAGCGGAAGACGCGGACGGCCAGGAGGCGAUGCGGAGAGAGGACACGCGGCAGAGGAGGAAGAUCAAACAGCUGGACGGCGGGCUGGACAACGUGGACGAGAUAUGUCUGGGGUUGGCCCGGGAGCUGAGCAGCGAGCGCUACCUGGAGAGGCUGGAUGCGACCCAGGAUGACCACGCGUACAUCUCCAGAAGCCUCGGCAGCGGCAGCCGCUCGCAGUCCGGGAAGUCCCUGCUGGAGCAGCUGCUCAUCGAGAUCCCCUCGGACGCGGAGGUUAAGAGGAGCUCGGGAGCCAGGAACACGAGGUCUGCGUCGGCGAGCGCGCGGUCCACCAACAGCCCGGACGUGAAGGCCCUGAGGCUGAGCCCCCUGGGGACGGGGAAGGAGGACGCCGCAGCCAAGUCCAGCCCGCGGACGGCCGGCAAGCUGAGCCCCACGGCGAGGGCGGCUGGCAAGCGCAAGAGGCAGGAGUCGGAGAGCAGCGCUGCGUCCAGCGUCGCGGCGGAGGAGCCCGCGGUCCCCCGGCCGGGCAAGAGGAAGUGCUCGGAGAACGCCGCGGAGCUGAUCAAGGCCUGCAUGGGGCUGGAAGACAUCCCCAUGAAGAGGGUGAUGCUGGCCAGCCGGAGGUCGGUGGAGGAAGCCGACCGCAGGCACGCCAAGUCCAAGAGAGCCAACGCCAUGAUGGUCGUCGACGUAGAGUCGUCGGACGACGAGCCCCUCAUAGAGAUCGCUGGCAAGAGCAGGAGUGGGAGCAUCUCUGAAGACAGGACCUCUCCGUACCUCAAAAAUAAAAUCAACAACAGAACAAAGGAAGAAGACGCGGCACGGAACCCGAGUCGCGGCGGCAACCACCGCGUGAGCGUCGCCGGCGGCACCAGCGGUGGCGCGGCGAAGCUGCCUGCGAUGAGGCGGUCCGUGCGCCAGUCGCCCAAGUUCCCGGUCGCCAUGCUUGCCACCAAGAACAACAACAACAACAACAACGUCGGUGCGCGAGGGCGCGUCGAGGAUCUCGGCCCGCGGCCGGAGGAUCCCAACACGCGUCGCAAGACGCGCAGUAGGGCCGUGACUGGCGUGGCAGAGAACGAUGUGUCUGUGACGAAGAGGCGCAGGGCGUCGCGUGACGGCAAAUGACCGCUGCUGUGCGCUAGCAAGCCCGUCAACGUGCUGUGAAUAACAAGACAGUUUUGUUAUUUCUGGGGUUUCUUUUGUAAACUCUUGAACUGUUGAGAAUGUAUCUCCUCUUAAUUAGCGAUUUGUUUGUUGUUUGUGUGGUGAACGAGCACCGUGAGUGAAGCUUCACGUUUUGUUACUUCAUAUUGGAGUAUAGUGACCAGUUCUCACAAAUCACUGUUUAUUUUUAUUUGUAACCAAGUGCCGCAUAAUAGGUUGAAGUAAGUUCCUUAUAGUCACUUAUUUUACUAAUGUGUUUUUUUUAUUUGUUGGCUACUAGAGAAUAGAUUUUUUUCUGUACAAAUUGCUGCAAGUGUUUUCAUUUUUAUUUUUUUAUUUUAGACAUUUUUUUUUUCAUUUAUCUGUUUGCAAUAAUUGAAUACAACAAGUUUCUUUUGUUCAGUAGUAGUACGAUUUUUGUUCUUGAUAGCCUAAAUAAUAUUUGUUUUAUAAAAUAAUAUUGCUUUAAGUCUGAGGUAAUUAUAGCUACAAUUCCAAUAUUCUUACCAUUCAGUAAUAUAAAUAAUUGAAAAAAAUUAUGUUUAGUUAUUUGUUUAAAUUAAAAUUAAGGAUGUUAAUUUGUAUAAAACUGUCAUAUGAAAGGCUGCUAUAUUACUAUAUUAGGUUAGAAUUUUUUUAUCUAAAGUGUUUUAAUUGAUUUGUAGCAGAAGGUAGUAGUUUGACAUUUUCAGCUCUCUUUAUUUUGUAGGUAUGCUGCUAUGCAUUCUUUCUAUUUUAGUUCAUUCUCAGAUUUUCUUGAGUUUAAUUUUCACAUUAUGGUGUUUCUUAAUGCCAAGAAACCUGCUCUUCGAAAGAAAUGAGUAAAAGCAAGGUACAGUGAUUUUUUUUUGUUUUAUUUUUUAUUACGCUGUACACUUUGUUCGGACAUUUUGUUCUAUGGCAGUUUUGGUAUAUUGUAAGCCACAACACAUAAUACUUGCAGUACUUUGUACAAAGUUGACCUGUUGUAAUUAUGCUGUUGCACAUUUACAUUGUAGUUUUUGUUACAUAACAUUUACGUUUUCCUUAUUCAAAAAGCAACCAAAUUAUAAAUACCUACAUUGUUUUGUGAUUGAAUUAGAUUAGUAUAAAAAUUUUACUUCUUGAAUUUUUUUUUGAUGGAAUUUUCUUUAAUGUAUGUUCUGAAGGAUGAUAUUACAUUUGCAGUUUUGUAGUGUAGAUGAGAAUUUAUUUCAAUUAAUUAUAAAAUAUUCUUUUCUAGGCUGACAAGUUAAUUUUUAUACACAAAAUUAUUUUUGGUUGUAUAAUGAACAUGUAAUAUCUAAUACACUUUACUUCUUAAAAGUUACAUGAAUACAGAACGUACUUUAAAAAAUUUAAUAUUUUCAUCAUUUAUUCAAGCAUGAACGUAGUGGUCAGAUAUCUUGAAAUUGAAAGUUAAUAAUUAAAGAAACAUUAAGUUUUUAGUGAUUUUUGAGUUACAUAAUUUUGUGAGAAAGCUAAUGACUCAUUAAUAUUUUUAAAACCCAUUUCUAACAGGAGUUGUUUAUUGCUAUUGUGCUGAUAAAAAUUCCCCACUCCUUUUUUUUUUUUUUAAAUUUAAUUUAAUUUUUAACUUUUGAAAUGUGGUAUUGCAGACAAAUGCUUAAAUUUCUGGUGGUUAGGUGGUGUAAUGGAUGACAAACACUUGGAAUGUAUUGAUGAAGAUAGAAGUUUAAAAUGAUGUUUGAUGAAAAUAAAUUUGUUUUUUUAAUUUUUUUAGUUUUACAUAUUCAAGAUAUUCAGGUUAGACUUGAAAAAGUGUAGAGUGAAUGCACUGCAGAGGAAGACAGAGGCCAGAAGGUGAGAGGUGACCAGUGUUCUGUAUACCAGAUGCAGGUGAUGAUAGGAACAAAUGAGAAGAGUUGCAUCACAACCGAACUGAGAACAAGCAUCAUUGUCAUGGAUCAUUAAUUUUUGUGAGUUUAAAAUAAAACUGUUAAUCGUAACUCAUAUUUGCUGUGUUUUAUCACAUAAUCAUGCACUUUAUUUUAGAAUGUCAAAAUUUGGAGGGGAAAAAAAUUUUCUGAAAUAAAAAUUGAAAUUAUGUUUUUGGUCUCGCUGUUAUAUACCGAGCGUUUUGUGUAGGUAGUAAAGUUGACCUUGCCCAAAGAUCAUAGGAUGAAGUACAGUGCAUCAGCAAUCAGUUUUCAAAUUGCAUUCAAGUAUUCUGAAGAAAAAAAAUUGCAAAUUAUUGUAAUUCACAUGUAAAAUUAAAUUUUUUUAAGUAGUCACAUACUUGGAGACUGCACAUAAGAUUGAUGAACUUGUUUUACUGUGUGCUAUUUCUUAUAGAAAUUUUUAAAAAAUGUGUAAUUUUAAAGAAAUGCGAGUAAUAAAUGCCAAUGAGCUUCACCUUGGCCACCAGAAAUCCGGAAAAGUGAAAUUACCCUGUUUUUUUUGUGAUAUUAAAUUGCAAGUUCACAACCUGACAGCAAAAAAAAUCCAGAUGGACUCAUCACCGGAAAUAUUUUUCUUCUAGAACAUAGCAGUAAAUGUCAACUGAUUUUAUUAAAUACAGUUUUUUUUUGUGAUAAAUUGCUAUGUGCUGAAACUGAAGUUAAAAUAAUUUUUAUUUUCUGACUACGGAACAUUUUCUGUGUACGUAAAUAAAUGAGCGUGCAAAUUAUCAUUUUAUAGUGCUUUUCUUUCUCUUCGAUAAAAGGAUUUAUUUGAAACAUAAUAGUGUGACGAAAGCGACUCGACAGCAAAAUGCUGUGUUAUUACGAAUAUGAGGUUUUCACCUGAGUUAUAAGCAAAAAUUAAUAAUUAUAAAAUGUUUCUGACCAAGUUUUAUGCACUACACAUAGAAAGCUAUCACUCAAGUUUUUUUUUAGUCCACGUUUGAGAAAAAAUUUUUAUUUCAUUGUAAACACACCUCAAGAUUUCACAUAUAAAGUAAGUAAUCAUAGCUUUCAAAAAUGUUUUAAUGGUAAUAAUAGUACCAAUGCACCAUCUCGCCAUCAUUUAAAAACUAAAUUUCGACACACGUUUCAGUAACAUUGCACCCGUGACGUGAUGAAAAAUAUUUUAAAUAGGAAAGUCUUGUCAUCUGCACAUUUUGUCACACUGUUGUUACAGAUGUGUCAAAUGUGAUUCUAGAAAAUUUAUUUUAUUUACUUUGCACACUAUAUUUUCAGCAUAAUACUUUGUUAUUAACAAGUUUCCGUUAUUAAACCCUUUUGGUUGACAUAAACAGUAAUGGCACUAUUAGAAAUGUGCCAAGAAAAUUAAAAGUACUAAUUACUUAUUACUUCAAGUCUGCUGUUACAGUCUUAAUAUAGGUGUGUUAAUUUUACACCUCGCUAUGUGUACAGACUGCUUAAUCAUCCUUUAUUGCAUACAAAAUAUCUAUCUUUCUCUCUGUCAUUGAUUGUAAAAUACAAGUGACUUACCAUUGUGAAUUUGUGUGCGUAUCAAGUAUUUGUGAGAACGGACAUGUUCUUUGUGAAACCUUUAGUACUCAUAUUUAUUUGUUAAUUUUGUUGUUAAAUAAUUUAUUAGAUGUUUUAUGUCAAUGUAAAUGCUCGGUGGUCCUGUUUUAUCAUAGUUUCUGUAGCAGAAGUUUUGUUGAUAUUGGCCAGUACAAGUUUUACGAGUAUUUUUAUUGUUAAUGCAUAAUGUUUCAAUUUGAUUGAGUGUUUGCCCAACGGAAAGUUCUUUUGCGUUGGACUGAUUUUUUGAUGUUUCUGAAUUAUGUAUGUAGAAUUUAUUGUAUGACCUGCUAAAUGAUUUUUAUUUAUGUUUGAUUGGUGGAAUGACUGAACCUUCUGUAUUCUGUCAGUUAGUGUAAAAUCUGAAGUGGUACUCCAUUUUAAUUUUUUUUUUUAUCAUCCGAGCAGAGGAAUUAAAUUGAUAAGUUCUGUAUUUUAUUUUAUUUGUUUUGGGUGGAUUUUUUGACAUGGUAGACUUAAGUGAAAUCAGCCUACUUCAUACAUUUCUCUCGUUUGUGUUUUAGUUUCAAUAGCUGGCGGCAGUUUUGGUCGAUUCUACUUAACGCUAAGUAGUUCAUUUACCAGUAGUUUGAAGUAGUGCGAGAUGUUGACCAUCUCAUCGUUAACGUCUUAUAGCAGUCAGUCGUUUCGAAACGCUGUGGUGAUAGCUGCAUGUUUCUGUUCCUGUGUAUGCAUUACGUGAUCUCGACAAGAAAAAAAACUUGAAUUUAUAAUAAGCUGCAGUUGUAUGUACAUGCGGAAAGACAGGACACUAGUUGAAAUGUCUUCUUUCUGCAAGUCACAUUGUUUAUAAUCGUAAAUAUAUAUAUUUUGCCUUUUUCUAGGAAUUGAUGCCACAAUUUUUGAUUGGAUAAGUCUUAUUUUGUACAGUGUCAGAAGAGUGAUAUAAAACACUUAGUGUUCGCUUGUUUUUUUGUUAAUUAUACUAGUAUGUGUUUGAAGUGUAUAUGUAUAUAUAUAGAUAUGAAUAUAUUGUAUCAUAAAUAUUGUGACGUAAUUAAGCUGCAAAUAAACUUUGUACAAAGUACGCAAAUUUUCUGCUAUCUGCGACGUUUAGCAAAUAGUAUGUAAAAAGAUUUGUUACAUAAGUACGUGAAGAAGAGUACGUAUGUAGUUAUUAUUCUAUAUGAUUGGUAACCCAGCAAAGUUUUGUGAAGUUCUACUACACAAACAUUAAUAACAUGUAUUUACUUGGGGUGAGGUGUGCACAUGAUAGUGUAUAAUUUAUAUCUUAUCUCUUCUAAUUAUUUUUAUUACUGUUAUUUGUUAGUGGUAUUUCUUAUCCCCACCAAUACUGCAUAUUUGUUUAGCGUGCCUGUACAUUGUGGGUGUAAUGUGUGUUGAAUAAUGUGACUUUUUCACUUUUUUUGUGACAAUGGCAUUGGGAAUAUGUGCAUUUUAAACUUUUUAAUAAAUAUAUAUAUAUAUAUGCAUAUAACUUUUCAUGACACUGUUAGAUCAGCGUGAAAAUCACCAUAAAGUGCACGUGUCAACAAUAUUGAAUCUUUUUUUAUUACAUAUAUUAUUGAGCUAUUAUAAUUAUUAUAUAUGUAACUAUGAAAUGCUAUGUAAAUAAAUGUAAAUAUUUCGUGAAAAGUUAGUUUCUAAAGAAAAACAAAAUGUAUAUUGUACAGAACUCUCAGCUAAAUAGGUUUAUUUGUAUUUUAGUACGUACUGUGUCAUUACAGUUGUAGCUUUGAAAGUCAAAAAUGAAGUAAUUUAAAGAAAACUUUUUGUGGUUGUUAGUUUUUCUUUAUCUCCUUGUAGUCAUUUAUCAAGAAUAUUGUGUGCUGGAGAAGUGUUUGCUGUGAAUCUGUGCAAAUAAGGUUACAUAUUAUCAUUUAGUAUAUCUUUCUUUGUAAUUCAUCAAUGAGAAUAAUUGUUAAAUUGUUGCAUGCUCUAUAAAUAGGGCCUGGAAUUUUUCGCGAUCGCGAAUUUUGCGAAAAUUCGCGCGAAUUUCGCAUGAAAACGCGAAAAGUAAGUACAUUCGCGAAAACCACAACAUUUCUAUAUUACACUGCGAAUAUAUCCCCGAAAAGUACCAUUACAGUAGAAUCCCGCCGAUGCGAGCCCCCUCUGAUGCGUCCAUUCCGUUUAUAUGACCGUUUUUUGAGAAAACAUGAAAAAUUUGAGCAGAGAAAGUCGAAAAUUUGAGUAAAAUCGGCUGAAAAACAAGUCUGUUACACUUUUUUGGGCUCUAUGUGUUCACGUUUAUCUUGGCGAGAGCUGUACUGUAAGCAGCCAGGCAUACAAAAGACGUCUAAAAAUAGAUACCACCCCUCUAGACUGGCCACGCGGCAAUGUCUAGACGAGCUCGGCGCCUCCACUAUCGCACGAAAAGCCGUCUCAGCUGUCAUGUUAUCUUACCCGCCCGGCGGCUUGACUUAAUACGUGACGUGACGCGACGCUUACCUCUCCCAUCCCCUGCUAAUUCUUCAAGGCUCAUCCCUCCCAGAGCCACAAACCAUGUAAAAACAAUUCCCCCCCCCCCCCCUUCCUUAUCCAACUAACAUUUCAACACAUUCCCUCCCUUAUUUCAACCUUCUGCGUGAGAAACUGUCAGCGUGUUUUUUCUUCUCUUUUUUUUUACGCUGCGAAGGGACGUGGAAAAGAUAAUUGCUUGAGCUGUCAAAAUAAACAUCGCUGACGGCAAGGGCAGGAGCGCAUCCUGUCGGUCUGUCGCUGUGAUUAUCUACUCCAAAAACAUGUCACAGCAUUUCAGGAUAGCAUUGUUAUUUCUUUCGUUUAUAGCCGAAUGUUUUCUACUUGAUCCACACAAGGUUAAAGUAUCCUUUAACCAAAGUCUUGUGUUUCAGCAUAAUUACCUUAUUUUUACAUAAGCCGUGUUCGUGUAUGGUUUUGAUGCUCAAAAUUGAUCUGGGGUAUAGUUCACACUAAGUUUCUUCUCAUUUGUGCGCUGGGGUUUGUUCAAGUGGCAACCCCGUGUUCCUCCACUCCAUUAAAUACGAGCAUAUCAGUAUCAGAAACAUGGGUUUUAUUGUACUGACAAUAGCACAGUGAUGUGCAAAUUUUGCAACUGUAAAGUUUCAUGGGAUAGAAAAGAUUUCAUUGACAAACACCUAAAGUCGGCUAAGCAUGUGGCAUUGGCAGCCAAAAAAAAAAAAAAAAAAAAAAAUUUGUAGUUGCAAACAUCUAUAGCAACGUGUCUGUUUUGUGUUACUGUUUUGGAUUUAAUUGGCUGUUAUUAUGCAUAUUAGCCUAUUCCUAGUAUACAUGGAUUGUUUAUUAAAUAUGUAAACUAUUAUAUUCAAUAACUGCACAAUUUAGUCAACAUUUAAAAUACCGGUAAAAUUUCCAUUGCAUAACGAAAAUACCGACUUUAAACCACCGCUUUUCUAAUUUGAAAGUACCGCUUUUUGCAUACUGAAAACACCGAAAUUUUCCAGGCCCUAUCUAUAAAGCACACUUAAGUUGUGCUGGGUGUCAGCCUUAAUUGGACUACUACAUAUGUUGUCUGGGAAACCCCACCACAUUCUCUCAAAAGUUCUUAAAAACUAUUUUCACUCCCAACAAGUGACAAAGCGAAGGUUGUCAAAUGAUUAUUUGAUGUGUUUCCUUGAGUCUCUGUUGCACUCAUAGUCGUGCCAAUUUUUUUGUUAACACUUAUUCCACUUCAAGAAACACCAGCCUAACAAAGCUGUAUAUGCACAUAACAAGGAUAGUAUUUGCCUACAAAUACAUGCAUACAUUGACACCAUUUUUUUUACUGUAGAGUUGUUUUCCUGUUCAAUAAGCAUGAGUAAUUUGUCUACAUAAUCUAUAAAUUCAUAUCACUUAAUUUUUUUAAAAGUAAUUAUAUAGUUAAAAAAACAAAUAUUUUUGUAAUAUCAGAAUUUUAACCUGUUUUCAUCAUUCAAACAGAAUAUAUCCGAGACGUCUCUGCUGGCCAUAAUGUCACAGCCAUGUACUCUGUUUUAUUUCUGGUGUUGGCCAAACCUAUAACCUACUUUUAAUUUAAUGGUAUAACAU